GGUGGGAGGAGAAGCGAAGCCCUAAUUUUUCUCAGACGCCGUUCGUACUAGUUUGGGACCGAAAGAAAAGGACAAGAUGAUUUCCACGGCGAACGGCGAGGUAAUCAUUACUAACGAUGGAGCUACGAUCCUCAACAAGAUGGAGGUUUUGCAACCAGCGGCGAAGAUGUUAGUCGAGCUUUCCAAAUCUCAAGAUUCAGCCGCCGGAGAUGGGACUACAACCGUCGUCGUAAUCGCCGGUGCGCUUCUCAAGGAGUGUCAAUCGCUUCUCUCAAACGGGAUCCACCCUACUGUCAUCUCAGACUCGCUUCACAAGGCUUGUGUUAAGGCGAUUAUAUCUUGACGGCCAUGGCUGUUCCGGUGGAGCUCACUGAUCGAGAUUCACUUGUUAAAGCUGCGAGCACGUCGCUUAACAGUAAAAAUAUUCAACGAAC